GCAAGCCUUGAUUAUAUUUAGUUGCCCAAAGAUGAUUCACUACACCCUGUUAUGGCAUUGCCUGAUGGGAGAGAGAGGAACUACUCAGGAACUUUUGCCGGACUUGAAAAACAGAAACAAAAAAUUGAAAAUGCUCAGCAGUUUUUUAAUUGGUUUGCGGAUGUGGAGGCUGAGAUGGACAAGGAAGAAGAUGCACACUAUAGGUCGUACCAGCAGCAGCUGGAGGAGUAUCGCGAACACUGCGGCGGCGUUCUCGCUGAUGUAGAGGGCGCUCUGCUCUUCCUCAAGCAGCUCAACAGUCAGUACGUGUUCGUGUCGACGAAGACCAACGCACUGCACGAGGCGUGCGAACAGCUGCUCGCCGACCAGACGAAGCUUGUGCACACUGUAGAGACAGUCAACAGCAAACUCGCUUAUUUCAAUGAGCUGGAGAGCAUAUCACAGAAGCUCGGCUCGCCGACGCUGACGGUGACGAGGGAAUCGUUCAUACCGAUGCUGUCAAGACUGGACGAGUGCAUCGCCUACAUCACAGCAAACCCCCAAGUGAAGGAAUCGAGUCUGUAUCUGACCAAGUUCAAGCUGUGUCUCUCCAAGGCUCUGUACCUCAUCAAGACCCACGUCGUUCACUUACUGCGUGCAGCCACCCAGCUCGUGCAGCCGUCGAAGAAUUCGAUAUUUCAGAGUCUAUCUCAAGAAGUGUUGCACUUGUGCAUAGAGUCGUUGAUCACUGCCUCACAGCUUAUUAACCAGCGCAAGACGAAAACGGAUGGUCAGUUGUUUCUCAUCAAACACCUGCUGAUUCUGCGGGAACAGAUCGCUCCGUUCCACGUCGACUUUGCCGUCCGUGAGAUGAAGUUAGAUUUCAGCAAGAUUAAAGAUUUGGCCUUUGGUUUGCUACACAAGAAAACACAGAUGUUUGCGCUAAACACCAAUAAUGCACUCUUAGAGUUUUUAGUAGAGGUGAGGAGCGGCUGUGCCUUCCUGGUCCACGUCUGCGAGGAUGAGAGCCAACUGUUCUUCCACUUCUUCUCCAAGCCGACGUCGCAGCUGGACGUGUUCCUGGAGAAGCUGUGUUGGACUCUGUACGACGUUCUGAGACCGUUCAUAAUCCACGUCAUUCACCUGGAAACACUCGCGGAGCUGUGCAGCAUACUGAAGGUUGAGAUGCUGGAGGAACACGUACAAAACAAUCCGGUGGAGCUGCGUGCGUUUGCGACGACGGCGCAGCAGCUGCUGGAGGACGUACAGGAGCGACUCGUCUACCGCACGCACAUGUACAUGCGCACAGACAUACUCGGCUACCGACCCGCUCCGGGAGACCUCGCCUACCCCGAGAAGCUGCAGAUGAUGGAGGGAACGCCACAAGUAAUGGAAACCUACAUCGACUCUAAGCGUGACGUGGACAACCAGCUCAAGCGCGUCUGUGAAAUGUUCAUACAAGACUCCGCAGACCUCCUUGCUGGUCCCGUCAAGUCGUUCAUGACAAAGGCCGACGUCAUCAGCAUGGUGAAACAAGAGAGCGAUCGCAAGGUGAACCUCCGACAGCAGCCGUUCGCUAGUCAGGAAAAGAUCCAGCAGGUGGCAGCAGAUGCCUACAGGAACCUGCGCACCCAGCUGCCGCUGUUCCAGCACAGUAUGAACCUUUACCUCGCGAACAAGGACACUGAGUUCAUACUGUUUCAUCCGAUACGGCAAAGUGUGCAGCAGAGCUUUCAGGAGUUUAUCAGCAUCGUCAGGGACAGCUACGAACCGGAGGAACAACAGAUCAUCGCGUGCCCCUCCGCUGAACAGAUCAACUUGCUGCUGUCAUCUCCAUACGUCCGACCGUCCCCGCAGGACGCUUCCCAGAAUGCAGCGCGCACGCACGACGCCGCGCCGAGCGUGAACACCCACGGAACCCACGGAACCCAUGGAACCCACGGAACCCCCGGAGAUGCCAAUCACACAUCACCCAUCGAUGAGGGGGAGGGGACAGAGGGGGAGGGGGUCACAAACGAUGGGGGAACCAAGGAGGGGGUCACAAACAAGCGUGCAGGAGAGAAGGAGGUCGUAAAUGACGUGGAAACCAAUGGGGAGGGGGUCACAAACAAACUGGUAGGAGAGGGGGAGGGGGUCACAAAUGAUGUGGUAACUGAGUGGGAAGGUGUCAUAAACAAACUGGCAGGUAAUGGGGAGGGGGUCACAUCCAAGCUGACAGGGGAAGGAGAGAGGGUAGAUCAUGGUCUAGUAGACGAGGGGGAGGCAGCGGUAAUACACCAGGUGGCAGCAGCGGACGCGAAGUCUCGGCACAACAGUUCUCGCGCGACGACGGUGAACAACAACGUCGGCACGGCAACCGAGGGAAGCCGCGUGUUGCCGUCGGUUACGGGACCUCAACCUUCGGACUAA